AUGAGCGUGCGCAAGGCGCAUAACUCCGGUCGAAACCACCUGAGAAACGUGGUAGACUACUACCAACAGAUCGGCCAAGAAAAGGCCCAGUCCGUCAUCGACUCCAUUACCUCCUCCUACGCCGCAGAGGGCCAACAAGCCCCCAACAUGAUGGCCCCCAGCGCUUUCCCUCCUCCCUUCGGAUUCCCUGGACAACCAGGCAUGCCCCCUCCUCCCUUCGGUAUCCCUCCACCAGGCGCCCCCGGCGCCCCAGGCAUGCUCCCUCCCAAGGAUAUCCAGCCUACCCAGGAUCGUACCAAGCUAAUGAAUAUGCCUCUUACCCAGCCCACGGCCUUCCCUUCCCGCCGCCCUUCCCUAACGCCACCGGAACCCCGCCAACAGGCGGCUUCCCCCCCGCCUCUCCCCAACAUGCCCCAGGGCGCAAACUUCCCGAUCCCGCCCCCUGGUGGCUUCCCGAACUUCCCCAUCCCCCCGCCCGGCGUUGCUGGCUUCCCACCUAUCCCUGGUCAGCACGGUAUGGCGCCGGGUGGUCCGUCGCCUAUUCCUACCGGCCCCCGUGGCUUGGAGGGAUAUCCUCCUCCCCCUGGAGGUGGACCUCCUGGUGGGAUGGAUCAGCGGUGGUGA